GUAUAUAGUAUUUAUCUUUGCUAUAGGCGAAUAUGAAUAUGUCUCUGUGUAGUCCCAUAAGUUUUAAUAUGGUCCUUUUGCAACCAAUAUUGCUUCUAGGCGUUCAAUACUAUCAUCUUCCUGUUGCAACCAACCUUACAAAUGACUCGUUUGAUUUAGACAAGCGAUGGUUUGACAUAUAGUUUCUCAUGAUAUCAACUUUACAAAUGUCAUUUGUAGAUCAUUAGACCGAAAAUGUUCAUAUGGUUGUUCAAGGAGAUCAUGACCUUUUAUUGAGAGUCUGAAUUUCUUCACAUCUCUCCCCCUAAGUUUAGACAGUGAAAACUUGAACCUUGGGAAGGGACCAAAUGAAAAUUCAAAGCAUUUAUUUUUCUUAUUUAAUGAUUUUACAGUACAACAGGGGUUUCCAAGAAAAAAGAAAUAAUGAAGGGUUGCAUGCAUCAUCAUACCUAUCUCCCCAUCCAUAUUCAGAAUCUCUGUAAUCGAAGCGUCAAACAAAAAACCAAUGAGAACAGUAAAACCCAAGUAUCAAACCAUGUCUACUCAAAACCAAACUGAAAUCCUAGUGCGUUUUAAGCUUGUCAUAGACAAAAAGAGGAAGAAAAUCCUAUAUGCUGAAGCCGACAAGACCUUCUUCGAUGUCAUCUUCGCCAUACUUCGACUUCCUGUUGAAGAGGUCGUCAAGCUGCUCUCCACCGGCCAAGACAGCCCCAUGGUUGGUUCACUUGGAAGUCUCUACCGCAGCUUGGAGGCCUUGAACAUUACAUAUUAUAACCAAAAUCAGUUAAAGGCCGACCUCCCAACGCCCAUUACUCAAUCCCAGAUCCUAAGACUCUUGCAAAACGAUCCUUCUAAAGGACCAAAGACCUAUUAUGCAUGUUCUAAUAAUUCUUACUGUCGUUAUAGUUUUAGUGCUACAUAUAAUAUUGAAUGUCCCAAAUGCCACUGUAAGAUGGUUAGCCCUGCAUCAUAUGUGUGCGAACCUAAUGAGGCACGACCCAUUGUGGGAGAUUUUUUGAAAGGGGGGACUGUUACGUACAUUGUGAUGGAUGAUCUUACUGUUAAACCAUUGCCCUCUUCCACUCUCUCCAUUUGCACCAUGUUUUAUGGGCUAAAUUUGGAGAAUGUUAGGCAGCUUGGCGUGGAGGUUAUCGAUAUGGACAUGAAUGACUGCUUGAAUCUUCUAAGGACUUCUCUACAAUCAACCACUGUCCUGAGCGACUUGUUUCUUUCCAGGAUCAACUUUCCACAAUCCUCUGUGGUGGAAGAAGUUAUGGUAUAAAAAGAUGAGCAUGGGUGCUGACAACUUUUGGAGAUACAUGUGAGCUUCCCCCCUUGUCAAGGAAUUUAAGGUUGUUUCAGAAAUGUAUAUGAAAUCAAGGAAUCUUUGGACCAAACUUGUUUCCAGAGAUCUGCUCUGCGUGCUAAGAUUGUUGGUUUCCAUGGUUUUAUUCAAGCCGUCAUGAUGCUAUGUCGUCUAUUUUUAUUUCAUU